CGAAUUGAUUUUGAUUUGAAAUGUCUCAAUAUGGUAAAGCAGAAUACUGGGAAGAAAGAUAUACAAGGUAAGGUCAAUGAAUAUCAAGUUAGGGAUCCUGAGCCAUUUGAUUGGUAUUAAAGAUUUGCAGGUGUAAAAGAUCUAGUAUAAGGGUGUUUUACUCCUGAGAGUAAGCUUGUAAAUGUUGGAGCAGGCAAUUCAAGUAAUGAUAAUAUGGAAUGUAAAAGGAUUGAGUGAAGAGAUGUUUGAUGAAGGUUAUUAGAAUAUUACAAAUAUUGAUAUAUCACAUGUAGUUACAAAGGCAAUGUAGGAGAAGUAUAAAGAUAAGGGUCCAAAUUUCAAAUGUAAGACAGUAAAUUAAAAUAGAUUUACAUAUGGAUGCAAGGGCAAUGGAUUUUGAAGAAGGAGCAUUUGAUGGAGCAAUAGAUAAAGGAACUUUGGAUGCUAUUUUGGUAUAUGUGUUAUAGAUUUGAAGUGUGGAGAGUCAUCUUCUUCUAAUGCUUAGAAGGUGAUUCAAGAGGUUCACAGAGUCUUAGGACCAAAAGGAAUAUUUUUUAUUAUUUCAUAUGGUUUGCCUGAGCAUAGACUUUAAUAUUUGGAGAAACCUGAAUAUGAUUGGUAUAGAAAAUUGAUAUAAUUUAUGCAGGAAUGUCGUAGUUAAAUAAGUUCAUAAACCAACAAUUUCAACAUCGAUUGCCAUAACGAAUGAGGAUAAAGAUGCUCCGAAUGUUCAUUAUAUCUAUAUUUGCACAAAAGUAGAAAUAUUGUAUUAAAGAUUUAGGGUCAAGCUAAAGGAGCUAAAUAGUGAUUAUGAAUAUAUAUAUAUAAUAGGCA